AAUGGAGAAGCUGCUUGUAGGUAAAAGUAACUGGGGUGGUGAGCGGAAGUGUGGACGGUCCCUUCGGUGGGGUGGGUGGAUUUGGUUAGGGAGGUUUGGAUUACAGGCAGGAGAGAGUCCACAUUGCAGUCUUCCGUCCCCAGCCUUGGGAACACGGGUGUUGUUAAACUCUCGGAAGCUUUCUUUGAGUAGCUAUAGUAUAGGUUCUGCUUGAACAGGGGGCUGGACUAGAAGACCUCCGAAGUCCCUUCCAGGCUCAAGACUUCUAAAGCUAUAAAAGCUGCACUGAAUGCUGGUCGUGGCUGAAUUUUCUUUUAGGAUUUGACUUUAGCUUUUGAAAUAUCCCCAUUCCCAUCCUCUCUCCCUGCGAAAUUACUGGUUUUGAAUAGUUGGUUCGGCGAGCAGAAGUUAAGCCAUUGAAACCACAUGGAGUUUAAAAUUGAACAUACAUGGAACAGCCUUCUAGUGUCCCACGAUCCAAUAAUAAUCAGACUGAGUCCAGAAAAGGCUGGAAUAUUGCUGGAAUUGAAUGCCCCAUUUUUCAAUGAUCCUCCAGCUCCUCCUGGUGAACCAGGAAAACCAUUCAAUGGAUUAUGGGACUAUGAGGUUGUAGAAGCCUUCUUCUUGAAUUACCAAACCCAGCAGUACCUAGAAGUAGAGCUCUGCCCGCAUGGCCAACAUUUAGUAUUGUUCCUUUGUGGCAAACGGAAUAUAUGCAGAAAAGAACUUCCUUUAAAAUUUGAAGUUUCAAGGGCAACUACCAAAUGGAGGGGCCAUGCUCAUUUGCCUUGGAAUUUUUUUCCUCCCAACACUGACAGAUUUAAUGCAUUUGCAAUUCAUGGAUCAGAUAUGAACAGAACAUACGAAGCUCUCUAUCCUAUUCCUCAAAAUGAAGUUCACUUUAAUCAGAAACCUGAUUUGUAAGUAUAUUUCUGAUGCCAUUUUUAUGAAAGGCUGGUAUAGGGAAGAGAAUAUUUUAUUGCCCUAUAAUAAAAAAUAAAAUAAAGUUUUAUAAUGUUAUUAUAUUUAUAUUCCACUUUUCAUACCUCAGAUGGCAUGCAUAGUACACCUCCUAUUUUCUCCACAAACCAUGAGAAGGGUUGUGUUCAAAGAGUCUAGAUAGGUCCAAAGUCCAUCCAUUGACUUCUCUGAGACUGGAUUUGAACUUCAGGCUGUCUAUCAAACUGUAACCCUCAAACCACUAUAGGUUUGAGAAUAAAUAUACCAAGAAAAUCUAGAUUAAUUUCGGAAUUGUUUAUUUGUUUAGAAUCUACCAAUAGCACAUUUAUUAUUGAACAUAAUAAUAAAACAUCUGUUCCUUAAACCACCAAUAGCAAAAUCUACUUAGUUGAUUCUCCUGUUUUAUAUAAUUUACAGUAUAAAUAUUGUCUAGCAUAUUUCAAAUAUAUUUUAAAACUAUUUUUGAAGCUUUAUGUAAUGCAAUAAAAAUAUUCACAUAUUGCUUGUCUUUUAUAUCCUUCAUCUUCGAUAUUUUGCAUCCUUUCUGGGGCCUGGAAUUUGCUAUAUCCUAUGCACACUGGUAUCUCCUGAAUGCCUAUUGGUGAUGGUUAUCUAAUUUUUAACCUACCUCCAAACCCCUAAUUAGAAUCAUGGACAGCUUCAGUUUUUCAUGAAAAUAAAUUAAUUUGUAGGUUUAGAAAACAUUAGGCUAGCAAUUUUUUGACAGUUCGGAAACC